ACCGAAGAAGCUGCAGCGGAUCGAAUUGAGGAGGUGGUAGCGGAGGCAGAGGAGGAAGACGAAGAGGAGAACGACAAUAACGACGACGCCGAGGAAGAAGCGGGGGUGGAAAAACACGGCAGAGCCGAACGGCGGGAAGUCGACAAGCUCGAAGAGGACGAGGAGAGUCAAUCUAGAGAACGAGAUAGAGAGCCUGAACCGCCACCUCCGGACAAAGUCGAUCCGGGAGGCGAUCCAGCUUCCGAAGAGCAGCAGCAGCAGCAGCAGCAGCAGCAACUAGGUGGCAAACCGGAAUCAAGGAAGGACGCAACCGAUCGGGACACAAAUAAGACCGAAGAGCGAAAGGAACAACAACCACCGCAAUUACUCGUGAAUGGAUUGCACGUCGACCCGUCGCUGGUCAGCGAUAAGACGAAUGCCAUCCGUGAGGACAGUCCGUCGCUGCUAAAGUCGACGACUCGAUCGAAAUCAAAGGACCUCGCGCAGGAAAAGAACGGAGAAGACGCAGCAGCAGCAGCAACAGCAACAGCGGCGGCGGCGGCGGCGGCGGCGGAGGAGGAGGAGGAGGACGACGAGCGUGACGCGAACGCCAGCGAGGAGGAAGUCGGCUCGCAGCGGUCGCGCCGAAUCGAGCUGACCACCACCGAGUUAGGCACGGAGGAUAGCGUGGGCAGCGUCGCGAGGGCGGCCAGCGUCGAAUCGGUCGUCGAGCUGCUGGAGUCGAGCAGUCAGGACUCAGGCUCCGUGCUGGAGAGGCUGAGUCCGCUUAGCAACGGCGGCGGCGGCCCCGGCAGGCAGAACAGCCUGCUCCUGGAGCAGCAGCGGGAGCAGGAACGCAACCGGCACAACGAGAGUCCGAUCAUCCUUGCCGAGAGACUGAACAAGCCGCCACCGCCGAUCGCCGGUCAUCAUCAUCAUCACCAUCUGCAGCCGUACCAUCCGCCUCAUCAGUUCCAUCAUCACCAUCAGCAGCACCAUCAGCAGCGUUAUUCCGGCGAUAGUCCGGUGAUCCACCAUCAUCAUCAACAGCAACAACCGCCGUCGCAGCAUCACCGCCAUCAGCUAGCGAGCAGCCCGCAUCAGCACCAUCACCAUUCCGCCGCUCACCUGACCCCGUCGAGCCUCCUCGAGGUGCAACAACAGUCCCAUACAUCGAGGGGCGGCGAUGAGGCCGGCCUUAUGGAGGUGGAGGCCGGGGCCGGGAUACCUGGAGCGAGCGUACUCGCGGGUGUGUCCACGGCAGUCGGCGGUAUACGCGCGUCCGGAGGCAACAGCGGCACCACCGGUGUCGCCGGUACCUACGGCGACAGCGGCUCCGACAGCGGGGUGAGCUCGUUGAGAAGCGCCGGUUCCGGCGACGAGAGGAGCGGCAGCAGAAGCUCCGCGCUCAGCGUCGAGGAAACGACGUCGUCCUCGACACCGUCGGCGGUAGCCGCAGCCGCCGCCGCUACCCCGGCCAGGGUUUGGCACGUGCAAAGCGUACAGCACACGUCUUUACUGAUGGCGCAUCCGUCCCAGGGCGCGCCCAACGCCGGCGCGAGCACCGCGGCCACGGCGCCGCCGGUCGGCUAUCAGAGCUCGGCGCCUCCUAGUCAUCACGCCGCCGUCGCGUCCGAGAUGCUUUGGAGAUCAACCAGAGCCUAUCCACCCAUUUCCCACAAUAUGCUCACCACGCCGACGCACAGUCCGGAGGAAUUGCUCGAGAGGGAACGCCACGAGAGGAUGCUCCGGGAUCGGCGUGAAGUAGAGGUACGCGAAUUGGAGAAGGCCAAAAUGGACCGGGAGAGACUCGAAAAGCAGCGGGCCGAGCAGGCGGUUCACAAGCACUUCGAGGAGUCCUUUAGAUUGGCGCAACAAAAGGUGUCUUAUAUUCAACAGAGAAACAUGCAGUCGGUCUCGAUGCCAUGGAGCAACAUUCUACCGGCGCCGGGAAGGGCACACGGAGCACCACCGCCACAUCCGUUAACCGCGCACGCUGCUGCCGGCCAUCACGGUCAUCCUGGCGGUCCUCCAAGUGCGACCGCUGCCGCCGCCCCAUAUCCCGUGACUAUAGCGCAGCAGCAGCGGGAAACGCUGGAACGGGAAGCGCGGGAACGCGAACGGGAAGCGAUGCGGGAUGCCCGUGAGCGGGAGCACCGGGAGCAUCGAGAGCGCGAACACCGGGAGCGCGAGCAUCGGGAACGCGAGCAUCGGGAGCAUCGGGAACGUGAGCGAGAGCAGCAGCAUAUGGUGGUCGAGAGAUUACAUCGGCCGGUGGAUACCAGGGAACACGCUGUUGUCGCGCAACAGAGAACCUAUUAUGCGCCGCCGGCUCAACAGGUAUCCCGACCCUCAAGCGUACCCGGAAAAGUGGAAUACCCGCCACCACCGGCGCAUUCGCGAACGUCAAAGACAUCGUUGCCAGUUGGCGCUCUGCACGAGAAAUUACCACCGGUGGUGGGACCGUCACACGGCUCGCUACCGAAAGCUGAGCCGAACGUGAAUCUAUUCAACUAUUCGUCAACGUAUCAGACGUACAUGCACGACAUAAAGGUGAAGAGCGAGCAGGGACAGCCACAUAAACUACCGAGCAAGAGUGGACUGGCCGGCGGCCUCGAGAGGGACCAUCUUCACGGUAGAGAAGUUUUGCAGAAUCCGCCGUCCCUACUACCAGAUCACAAAAGCUCGGUGAUCGUGAAGAACGAGGGCAGGGAGCUACCAAAGGCACCGGUGCCACAGCACUCGUCCAGUCCGAAGAUGUUGCCUUAUGUUCAGUCGGUGGGGCCACAGCACAAGUCGUACGAAUACAGAAGCCCGACGCAAAGCCCUCAUCAUUUGCACUCCGCGCACUUGGACGGUCUGCAGACGGCGAAGAGCAUCGCGCCGCCCGCGAACCAUCAUCGAAGCGGCGGCGGUGUGCCGACGGCGACGACGCAACUGUCGAGUCCGCAUGGCCAUCCACCGCCGCCGCCGCCGGCGCCGGCGCCGGUGCCACACUCGCACAAUCCCCGUCAAUCGCCGCACGCCCCGUCUCAACAUUCGCAUCAGCCGCCGCCGCCGCAUCCGUCGCCGCCUGAACCGCGCUAUCUCAGUAGGCCGGAAUCCGCGAGUUUGCCGUACGGUUCAGCCAGAUCAUAUCCGUAUCCGCAUCCGCAUCCGCCCACGGCCUCGCAGACGGUGUCAUUGCAUUACGCCACGCCGCCGCCGGCCGGCUCCAAGCCAAAGGUCAGUAGCCCAGCGCCGCCGCACAUGUACGGCAAGCCUAACUCCGGCAUCAUGACCGGCACGCCGAUCUGCCGUGCCUCGGAGCCGCCCGUCGCCGCGCCAAUACCGUUGACCUCGAAGGCCGGCAGCUCGCCUUACCACCAAGUGCCUCAUCACGGGGUGCCGCCGCUGCCGCCGCCCGCGCACAGCAGCCGUUCCAUUUACGACAGCCGCGGCUUCGCCGGCUCGUUGUCGAGUACGAAACUGCCGCUGCCGACAUUGCACGGUUCGCCGCCUACAGCUGCCUCGGCGCCGCUCUCGAGGCUCACCACUCAUCCCGCUCAUCCCGCGCAUCUCAAUACCAGUCCGCAUCAGCAACCCAAUCAGACGCUGCAACACGCGCAGCCUCAGAUUACCACGGCCUUUCAGACGCAGCCGCUCGAUCUCGGUGUGGAAAGACCGGGCUCGCCCAAGAGGAAAGCACCGACGCCGUUGUUGUGUGACAAUACCAGCGGCCAGCCGGUGUCUCUGGAAGUCUGUAAGAAACGUAGAACUGAGGAACCGCAACCGUUAUCCUUGCAGUGCGUCGGUCCGCCUGUUCUGUCCAGGGUGAGUGAACCAAGUCCGCUCAUCGCAUCGGCUGCCACAUCCAUCACCACUGUCGUUAAUACCGCGGUGUUUCUCGCGCAACCGAACAGUCAGACAACGCAGGAGCAACGCGCACAGGUGGUGACGGCGGUGAGUCCGGCGCCGAGAACCGCCAGCGGUGACGGUUCCGUGCGACCCGCUAGCACCGGAAGCGUUUGUUCGUUGAAUCCUGCACCAGUUAGCGCGGCACCGAGUCCGGCGCCUGUACCCAGUCCGGCGCCGUCCACAGCUCCGAGUCCUGCGCCAAGCGCGACCAGCGCGCCCAGCACGCCCGCCAAGGUGAACGCUAGCACCGCGGACAGCGAAAAAUCCAACAGUCCGGCGCCGAGACCGCCGAGUAGCGCUAACUUCCCGGUGCACAAGCAUCAACUUCCGAAGAAGGCGUGGCUGCAGAGACAUUCGAGAUGCGCGGACGGCACCGAAGACACCACUGGCAUGGCCAGCAGUGUCCUGCGUCCGGCAUCUUGCGUCAUACUACCCCUGAAUAUUUCUCGCGAGACGUCGAACAGUAAGGAACGCGAUAGUAACAAUACCUCGUCGAAUACGAAUAACAGCAGUGCGUCGACUACUUGUUUACCGAGCGCAGUCAACUCGAUUCACAAUAUCGGCAGCAUGGCGGUCAAUAGCAUUAAUAAAAGCAAAGUUUCCGGCAAAAGUGGUCGAAAACCAGCGAACAAAGAAUCGUUGAAUGGCCACGCUACCGACACCAGUAAGACCCCACAGGAGGAUUCGUCCAGCAGCGACCCGGAGAGGAAGUCGCCGCCCAAGCGAAAGCCACCCAAGGUAAAACGAAAGAAGGGCGCCGCACGAAGGCAACAAACGGCCGCGGAAGAUCAGCGGAGACGGAAGGAGGAUAAGCAAGGCGGCGGAGCUGGUGCGGGCAGCGAGUCUAGUAACGAGAGCGAAGCGGGUUCCGCCAGUGACACCAGCGAACAGUUGAGCUCCAUUCAACCUGCAUCGAGGGUUCGACAUACUACGGCCAAUUCCAACAAUUCCUCGGGAAACGGAAAUAACAAAGAACCUAGGAAACGCGGUAGGAGACCAAAGACUACGAAAGGCAGUGAAGUAGGAGGCGAAGAUCAACAGCCUCGUCAGAAGAAGGAACGCAGGGACGACAGUACCAGCGGGGGCAACAGUGGACCGGGUGGAAGUGGCGGGAGAGGCGAUCCCUUUCGUAAACCACCGAUAUCGCAACUGAAAAAAACGGGCGAGAGCUGGCUGCAGGACGGCGCCUGUUUUGAAGUGGCUCCGAAGUUGGCCAAGUGCCGCGAGUGCCGAUGGACGCCGCACCAGCGCUCUAAAAAUCUUCCUCAGAAUAUCUUCUGCAGAUUCUAUGCGUUUCGCAGACUGCGUUACACCAAAAACGGACAAUUAGCCAUAGCGGGGUUCAGCGAUCCACACAAGGAUGCAUCCGAGGAAGAUCUUCGAUUAUGGUUACCAGGAAAAGAUAAAGAUCAAGAGUCAACAGGAAAAGACGACAAGUCGGAGAAAAACGAGAAGGACAAAGGUGACCGAGAGGAUCUAGACUUGGAAACAGCUCAUCGAUUGCUCCGGCAAGUUGGUGAUCAAUUCUGUGAUCUUUUACAUCGAGAAAAGAACGCUCUUCAAGAACAUAUGGCCGAAGCGAGUUCGGGGGUUAUAGACGGAACAGUAGCGUGGAAACGAGUGAUCCAAGGUGUUCGGGAGAUGUGCGACGUGUGCGAGACUACUUUGUUCAACUAUCAUUGGGCCUGUGGCAAGUGCGGCUUCGUCGUAUGCAUAGAUUGUUACAAGGGACGAAAAAAUGGCACGAUCAAAAUCUGGGGCGAGAGUGGAAAGGACAGAGACGAUUUCUCGUGGCUUCUGUGCACGAAUAGACAAGCACACGAACCGGAACGGCUCAUGCUCACGCAAAUUAUUGCCGGCGACAGUCUUCUGCGAUUGGGUCAACGUCUGCACGAGUGUCGCGUGGAGUGGGGAAUCGCGCAGCAUUGCGCUUGUUCUCUCGUCAUCCCGUCGCAAUCCAACGAAAUCCUACGAAACCUGAUCAAAGGCGACUCCGUGCCCGUUCUCAAUGGCAACGUGAAACAAGAGGUGAAAGAGGAGAAGAAGAUAAACGAGUCUAACGGCGCGUCGGAGAGCAAGACGAACGGCGAAGAUAAAAACUCGCCGUUGAACUGGCUAGCGGACGUGGCGCUGCAAAACCAGGACAAGAAUAACGACAGUGGUUCGAGCUCGGACUCGGACGAGGAUCGCGAGGGUAAUUAUUCGACAUUGAGAGAGUUGCUAACAAAAUCGAACAAGUCGAACGGCAGCGGCGGCUCCAGAUCGAAUUCGCCCACGAACAACUCGGGCGGCGGUGUGAAUGCCGGCGGCGGCGGUGCGAGCAAUAACGCCUCGCAGAACAACAUCGCCAAGUCCGGCAAGAAGUCGAAGAUGGACACGCUUGACGAAGUGAUAUCCAGCGUGAUCGAGCACAGUGUGAAGAAAGAGAGGGAUAGCGGUUUGGACGACGAGAAGCCGCGAGAAUUGAAGCACUUCGUGCGACGUUACAAGUGGACGCAGCGCGGUCGAGAGCCGUUACCGAUUAGAAUUAUGACCCUAACCGAGAGCAAGAGCCUCUAUCCAGACGUACCGCAUUCCUGGCUCUGCGACGGCAAAUUGCUGAGGUUAAACGAUCCCAAUAACCCGAACAAUUACCGAAUCUUCCAAGAUCAGUGGAAACGGGGACAGCCGGUGAUCGUGUCGGACGUCGCCAAGGCGCUGGACAUGGAUCUCUGGCACCCGGACUCCUUCGCCCGCGACUUCGGCGACGAGAAGAACGAUCUUAUCAAUUGCAUGACCGGCAAUCUGGUGCCGAAUCAGCCGAUGCGCAAGUUCUGGGAGGGAUUCGAGAACUUCUCGAAACGGCUUAAAGACGAGCGGGGCAAUCCGAUGCUGCUGAAACUGAAGGAUUGGCCGCCCGGCGAAGACUUUGCCGAACUGUUGCCGUCGCGAUUCAUGGAUCUGAUGAAGGUUCUUCCAUUGUCCGAGUACACACAUAGGAACGGCAGACUGAAUCUGGCGAGUCGUUUACCCAAUUGCUUUGUAAGACCGGAUCUGGGACCGAAGAUGUAUAACGCUUACGGUUCCGCUCUUCAUCCCAACAAAGGCACGACUAAUCUUCAUCUUGACAUCUCGGACGCCGUAAAUGUUAUGGUGUAUGUGGGAAUUCCAAAAGACGGCGAUAGUGAGGAACAUGUGAAAGAAGCGUUGAGAGCGAUAGACGAAGCAGGCUGUGAUAUUCUGACGCGUCGGCGUGUUCGCGAGCGUGGCGAGGCACCCGGUGCACUGUGGCACAUUUAUGCGGCGCGCGACGCGGACAAAAUUCGCGAUCUCUUGAAUGCCGUUGCCUUGGAACGUGGGGCUCGCUUGGAACCACAUCAUGAUCCCAUACACGAUCAGAGUUGUUAUUUGGACGGACCGUUGCGGGAACGAUUGUACCGAGAAUACGGUGUUGAAGGAUACGCCAUUGUCCAGUGUCUAGGCGACGCUGUAUUCGUACCAGCCGGCGCGCCGCAUCAGGUCCGCAAUCUUCACAAUUGCAUAAAGGUGGCCGAGGACUUUGUGUCGCCGGAAAACGUUUCGCAUUGCUUCCACCUAACCCAAGAGUUUCGCGCACUAUCCGAUACGCAUACCAAUCACGAGGACAAACUUCAGAUUAAGAACAUUAUCUACCACGCUGUGAAGGACUCGCUGACCAUUCUGGCUAACGUCAAGGAGGAGACUCUCGCCAAACUCGCCAAGGCCAACAAUGAGACGAAGACGAAGGAAGACACGUAGCCCUAGAUCUUCUUCGCGCAAUUUUAAGAUCCACUGACACCCUUGAUCGGGUCUCGUCGUUUCGGACGAGAGACAACCAUUUGCCGGCGCUCCUGAGCACAGCUGACGCUGGAGCUCUGAACGAGACCGAGAGAAUUUUUGCAGGAGGCCGAGAAGAAAGGUCGUCGCAAAGGUGCGAGAAUUUGUUGUGAUAUUUGACGAAUAUUUAAACGGGAGAUUUUUGUGACAUUGGCUAAGCCAAGGAGUAUUAGUUAUUUGUUGUUUCAUUCGAAUUUCCUAUGCACAAUACCUUCUUGCUCUCCCGUUUUGUUUUCCCCCCUUCCGAGAGAAGUGGACGUGAAAGUCCGACGAGCUCUUUAUUACCAGUGAAAAGGUAACAAUCGUAGGCCGGAUCGCGCAUAGAUAAAGUGCCGCGUCCAUUACUAUUGUGAUACCAGAUGGACUUUGGAUUGUAUACAUUAUUUGUAAUUAAUUAUAUUGUGCCUGUAUCCGAUACACACACUGUCUAUAUUAUAUAAAUGUAGAUAAUGAAAUACUAUGUAAUGAAUUUUUGCUAUAGCAACUCUCCCACGAAAGAAGGAGGGAGAAAGGAGGUUAUCUAAAAGUACCUUUGUGCAAUUAAAUGUGCGUGAGUUAUUAUAGCUGGAUCAACGAUAACUGUGGAUCCGUUUAUUGGUGUGCUCUGGUGAUCUGGUGCUUUCGGUAUUUGAUCAAAGCCCCGGCCAGAAAUAGCCGAUACGUAUUCGCAUUUAAGUUUUUUACGUUUCAUGCGACAAAGGCGUAAAGGAUAAAACACUGCCUAAACAAUCGGUUCGACAACAGUGAACGAGAUAAACUAUUUCAUAUAUAUUUAGUGGAUAAUAAUUCGUGUCGUUCGCAGAGCGUUCGAUGUUCUUUAGAGGCGUAUUGUUUUUUCUACGGCGACGUAUGUAUCGGUUAUGCGAGCGGCAGGGUGCUACAAGUUUUGUAUGUCAUUUCGAUUAUAUAAGGCAUCAGAACAAAAAAUAGAAAACAAAUAACUUCUUCGAUAUUAACUUUCUAAGAUGUAAUAGCGGAUAUGUGAAAACGGACAGUUGAUUAAACGUUUCAUUGCUGUCAUAAACCCAGUGACUACCCGAUAACUCAUGGGGAUACUAAUGAAAUGAAUGUUAUUUUUGUCAAAGCAUAUACAAACCGUCUAUGUCCGAUAAAGCGAAAAGACAGUGAUAUAUUGUAACGAGACAGUAAUUAUAUUGUAAUGAGACGCUAAUUGAUAAAUUAUUUGCGUAACAUUUAAAAACAAAACAAAAAAAAAGAAUAAAAAGAACGACUUUUGAAGUGCCAAUGUUGAACGAUGACGGGACGUUUAAAUGCGCGCGCGUUGUAUAUCGUAUAUGAGUAGGUAGAAAAAAAAAGAAAAAGAAAAGAAAAUUAAUUACACAGAAUAAUGAUGAAGAGAUGACAGGCCGAGUUCCUAUCAUUUCGUGAUAGUUUGUGCGAGCGACGAGAUGUAUCCCGCCGUUCGCACCAUCAUUUUUUUGACGAUUCGAAAACUGCUGUCGCUUCCGUUACCUCCCUUUUUCCUUUUCUUUUCUUUCGGUAAUUUGUUCAGUAGCAAACGUGACACAAGCAAGCUCUAGUGCGAUGAAAAGACUUUCUCAAUAUAUUUACGUUUCACUUAUAAUGCGCGACAAUGCGGACAGCAGCUUUUGAAUCGGAUUUAGCGUCGUUACACACUAUUCUCGAUACGCUCGUCGACUAUUUACGGCUGACAUAAAUGUGUAAACAGAAAAAAAAAGAAUGAACAAAAAGAAAAGGAAUAAAAAUCACUGGCAUUCUGAAAUCCGCAAUUUCUUUGAUCUCAACAUUCGUCUAGCAUACAACGACUUGAUUAAAUAAUAUUUAACGAGUAAAUUUUUAAAUAUCUUAGUGUUGAUAAGUAACAAUUAUCGGAAUUGUGUAAGCAGCAACAAAAGUACUAACUCCACAACAGCGGUGUAUAAAGUUCUAGAAAAAAAAAAAAACGUAUUUCUGUGUAUUAUUGCUGAAGACGAGAUGCUAUUGUUUGUUCUCUUGCUACGUGUAUGUACAUACAUUUAUAUACAUCCAUAUAUGUAUACAUAUAUAAAUACGAAGGAGGAAAGAAGUCUAGGACUCUCAUAACGAUAAGUACAUGCCCUUUACGAAACACGAAAGAUAUACAUUAUACACACAUAGGUAGACAGUUUAUUAUGCCAUUAUUAUAAUUAUUAUAUUAUUGUCAUUAUUACGGAAUUAUAUUACGGAAAAUACGAUAUUUAAAUGUUGCUAAAUAUGCCGAAAGAAGUAUGAGCAGGUAUACGUGCGAAUGUAAAUGAUUAAAAAGAAAAAGAAACCCGAAGAGUUGAUCUUGCUUAAGUGAACGAGGAAACGAACGAUAAAGAGAAACCGUGUGCGUGAUGAGGAUGAGAGAGAGAGAGAGAAAAAAAAAUGUAUGCAUGUAUUCGGUAAAAAUGCGGCAGGACGAAAACAAGGGGCCGUGUAUUGGGGGCGGAGUGGAAUGGAUGGUAUAACAAUGUACAGACCUUUGAAUCCUACGAGAUGUACCCAUCCCUAAAAUGUUCCGCACUAACCUACCCUUCUACGCCUCCCCCUUCUACAACCACCGGCCGCCCCCAGUCAUAGCAGUUAUGAACCGCGGGCCGGCAGGUCUGAGUAUAAUUUUUUGUACUGUGUAAAUGUAAGAACAUACGUUUGAAUAAGAAAAAUGUUUAUAUUACAAAA